GCGGGCGAGGCCGGCCAUGGAGCCCCUGCGGAGGGCCCACGAGGCCGCGCUCCGGCUGCUGCUGUGCGGGCCCUGGGCCUCGGGCGCCGCCUCCCGCCCGAAGCCCCGCGCCUCGGAGGUGCUGACGCUGCACCUGCUGCAGCGGCGCCUGCCGCACUGGACCUCCUUCUGCGUGCCCUACAGCGCUGUCCGCAACGACCAGUUCGGCCUCUCGCACUUCAACUGGCCGGUGCAGGGCGCCAACUACCACGUCCUGCGUACCGGCUGCUUCCCCUUCAUCAAGUACCACUGCUCCAAGGCCCCCUGGCAGGACCUGGCCGGGCAGGACCGGUUCUUCACAGCGCUCAAGGUCGUCAACCUGGGUAUUCCAACUUUAUUGUAUGGACUUGGAUCCUGGUUAUUUGCUAGAGUCACAGAGACUGUGCAUACCAGUUAUGGGCCAAUAACAGUUUACUUUCUAAAUAAAGAAGAUGAAGGUGCCAUGUAUUGAAGGGUGGGCCUUGGAGAACAUAAAAUAUCAGUGGAUUUUC